CGGAAAAUCGAAGGAGAAGAAACGAAAGCUCUCUCUUUCAAGUUUUCAAUUUCAACAAUCUCAAAUGUAUUUGACUGUUUCGUUUUACGAAAAAAAGAAAAAUAAAUUGUGAUAUUUUCCCUAAUUUGACUAUAUAUUUGUAAUUACUGUAGCUUCAGAAUUUGAUCUCGUCGAUCAAAUUACUCUUUUGAUUCUUUAGGGUUUCUCUGUAUAUAUAUAAUAUAUAUAUAUAGAUGUACCCUAGAAUUAAAGAAAUUUAUUUGCCUUAUAGUUCUGACUUGAGAUUCCAAUUGGGUCUCUUUUAAUAAAUUAAUUGGUUUUUGAUAGUAGGAAAAGCCCAUGCGCUGAUAUAAUUGUUGGGGUUUCUUUUAGCGAAUUUCACUGGGUUUUAAGGGGGAAACUGAAAUUUGUUUUGUCAAUGCAGGAAUUAUUUGGGUCUGGAGAAAUUUUCUGGGUUUUAUUACUUUCUCGAGAAAAUUAGUGGGGUUGUUUGAUGCCUGGGAAAAUCGUUGUUUCACUGGGAUAAAAUAUUGGGUUUUUUUAAAAAAAUAAAAUAAAAAUAAAAACUAUUUCUUUUGGUGUCGAUCCGAUCUGCCUGUUCCUGAGCCAUGGCAGUUUCAACAAUAGCUCUUUAUGCGAGUACACCGAGCAGCGUAUGCUCCACGACUCACCAGAUCAACAUCAAUUCCUGUGAUUUCGACUUGAAUUCAAGAUCAUCAUCUUCAACUUCCUCGACAGUGGCUUCCUCUUCAUGCCCGAGACCAAUUGUCGGUGGUUUAUCGUGCCUCUUCUCCUCAUCUUCGGUAAAAUCAAGCUUUUCUAGCGGUGGAGAGGAUUUAGGGUCUUACAGAGGGGAAGAGUUGAAGGAAUUAAGCUGUUCAUUUUGUUAUUCAACAGGUAAAUUCGGUGGUUCUUUGAAACCCAAUCAAAGCCCCGUAUCGGUGUUUCAGGGCCCUGUUUUGUGUAGUAGCAGUAGUCCUCCUAUGAGAGCCGCGCGUGAAAAGGGUGUAGAAUGGCAUUUUCAGGGCUCUUUACAUAGUGGCACUAAUGGAUUGUUAAAUGGAUUCAUAAGGCGCGCCUUAGGGUCUUGCACUGAUUAUGAUUCACAAAGUUUUGAGGUUCCAAGUGGUGGUUGUGUUGAUGAAUUGCCGUUUUCAAUGGAGGAUAAUUUCAUAGAGGAAGUGAAUAUGGAUCCUUGUGUUGAGGAGUUGCUUUUAGGUGCAAAAAUGAGGCACAAAAUCUUUUGUGAAGAUUUUGUAGUCAAGGCAUUUUAUGAAGCCGAGAAGGCACAUAGAGGGCAGAUGCGUGCAAGUGGUGAUUCUUAUUUACAACAUUGUGUGGAAACUGCAGUGUUGUUGGCCUUCGUCGGUGCAAACUCCACUAUAGUUGCUGCGGGGCUUUUACAUGACACCAUUGAUGACUCGUUUUUGAGCUAUGACUAUAUAUUUAGGACAUUUGGUGCCGGAGAUUCUGAUUUAGUUUUAGGGGUCUCCAAGCUUAGUCAACUGAGUAAGCUAGUACGUGAAAAUAAUACUGCAAGCCAAACUGCUGAAGCAGAUAGGAUGAACACCAUGUUCCUUGCCAUGGCAGAUGCAAGAGCUGUCCUCAUUAAAUUAGCUGAUCGGUUUCACAACAUGAUGACACUGGAUGCUUUGCCUUUGCUUAAGCAACAGAGGUUUGCUAAGGAGACUUUGGAAAUAUUUGCACCUUUAGCCAAUCGUUUAGGAAUCUCUAGUUGGAAAGAGCAACUAGAGAAUCUUUGUUUCAAGCAUCUCAAUCCGGAUCAGCACAUAGAACUGUCCUCCAGGCUUGUGGAAUCCUUUGAUGAGGCGAUGAUUACUUAUGCUAUAGAGAAACUUGAGAGAGCUCUCAGGGAUAAAGAAAUUCCUUAUCAUGUUCUCUCUGGACGGCAUAAAAGCUUAUAUAGCAUUUAUUCAAAGAUGUUGAAGAAUAAGUUGGCCAUGGAUGAGAUCCAUGAUAUAUGUGGAGUACGUGUUAUUGUUGAAAAUGUGGACGACUGUUACAAGGCACUAUAUGUAGUACACCAGCUAUGGUCUGACGUACCUGGAAAGUUGAAGGACUAUAUAACUCAUCCGAAAUUUAAUGGGUAUCAGUCCUUGCACACAGUAGUGAUAGGUGAAGGCACAGUUCCAUUUGAAGUUCAAAUUCGAACGAAGGAGAUGCAUUUGCAACCUGAGUUUGGCUUUGCAGCUCAUUGGAGAUACAAGGAAGCUGACUGUAAACACUCUUCAUUUGUACUUCAGAUGGUUGAGUGGGCUCGAUGGGUUGUGACAUGGCACUGUGAAACAAUGAGCAAGGACCGACCUUCAAUUGGCUAUAACAAUUCCCUGAAACCUCCCUGCACAUUCCCUACGUAUUCAGAUGAUUGCCCAUUUUCUUACAAGCCACACUGCAGUGACGAUGGACCUGUCUUUGUUAUAAUGAUUGAAAACGAUAAGAUGUCAGUGCAAGAGUUUCCUGCAAACUCAACAAUGAUGGAUUUGCUGGAAAGAGCUGGGUGGGGGAUCUCGAUUUCGUCUCCUCUUACAUUUCCUGUUAAGGAAGAGUUGAGGCCAAGGCUGAACCAUGAGCCCGUGAGUGAUCCUACAUGCAGGCUGAAGAUGGCUGAUGUGGUGGAGUUAACACCAGCCGUUCCUGACGAGUAUUUGACAGAGUAUAGGGAAAAGAUACAACGCAUGUAUAACCGAGGUCUCCCUGUUUCAAGUGCUGGGCCUUCAGCUAGUAGUAUGGUUGCCUCAAGAACUUGACCCUCUUUUAUAAACACCCAAAAAAUGAAAACAAAGAAACGGGAUUCUUUCCUUUGUACAUAAAUGAUAAAUAAUACGCAAAAGUGACAUGGUUCCGUUGUUGGAAUCAUUUGCCAA